GCAACAGAAGAAAAUGUAUGUGAUAAUGUUGUUUAGUUUAGCAUGUUGACACUUGUAGCAUUUCUGUGUACUGUAUGUGUACAUUGUUACAGGCAGUGUUGAGGACAGCUAAAGCGCGCAGCGCUAUAUUGAAGGCCCCCAAAGAGCAGCCUGCUUUCUCUGUACAGCAGACACGGACAUGGCGGAUUACGAUAACUACGAUGACCGGGCUUACGGUAGUUUCGGUGGCGGACGAGGACCCCGAGGUGGAGGCGGACCAGGCGCUCCCCGCAAACAGAAGGAGCUCCCCACAGAGCCUCCCUACACAGCUUACGUAGGCAACCUGCCAUUCAACACAGUACAAGGAGACAUCGAUGCCAUCUUUAAAGACCUCAGCGUAAGGAGUGUGCGACUAGUCAGAGACAAAGAGACAGAUAAAUUUAAAGGUUUCUGUUAUGUAGAGUUUGAUGACUUGGAAUCUCUGAAGGAGGCUUUGGCGUACGAUGGUGCUCUACUUGGAGACCGAUCACUUAGGGUGGACAUUGCCGAGGGUCGAAGGCAAGAGCGGGGCAGUGGGUUUGGUUUCCGGAAAGACGACAGAGGCCGCGGUGGCUCACGAGGGGCCAGAGGAGGGGGACGAGAUUCUUCCAGAGACGACGUCGACCACUCUGGAGGAGGCUUUAGAGAUGAUGACUUCAUGGGUGGAAGGAGUCGAGGAGGUGGUCGUCCUGGAGACAGACGGGGAGGUGGUGGUGUUGGUGCUGCUGCUGCUGCUGGUGGUGCUGGUGGUGCUGGUGGUGGUGGUGGAGCAGGUGGAGGAGGAGCAAUGGGUCGCUUCAGAGAUGGACCUCCACGUGCAGGCCAGACGGACUUCAGAGAACCCUCUGACGAGGAACGAGCGCAGAGACCAAGGCUACAGCUGAAGCCGCGCACAGUCUCCGAACCCCUAAAUCAAGUGGCCAACCCCAACUCGGCCAUCUUUGGGGGUGCCAAACCCAGGGAGGAGGUAACACCCAAAGACAAACACUAAAGAGACUGCAGCCUCCCUCAGUGAACUGAGAAGGACGGAGGAAGGGAUGGGAUGGAUGGGGGUAGGGGAGAGAAAAGUACAGGACCAGGAGAGCAAGACAAAACAAAAAAAGUAUUAUUUUUGAAAGGAACGUGAUUACGUCAUCGUUCUUACUCGUUAGAGAUGACGUGUCCAAACCUAGUCUGGUUUUAAAGUAUUUAUUCGAGAAGCGUACACAUGGUCACAACACAGUUGCACAUACACAUCUGUGUACACACGAGCAGCCCGCAAAUGCACAUCAAACUUUUUUACACCCACCCCCUGCUUCCCUGUAAAUAGUGCCUGCUCAGUGCUGUAGUGUUUGUUGGAGAACACUUGUUUACAUUUGAUAGACCUGCUCUUUAUUUUUUUUCUAACCCCCUUUGCAUUGUCCCAAUCUGAUUAUGUACACUUAUGUACGGCUUGUGCAACACCCUAGAGGAGGGCAUGUGUAAUGCUGUCCACCCACCAGCAGUGGAUUCUUAAAUAGAGGAUCACGCUGUGACCACAGUAUUCCUCUGCAAUUUAUUCAGAUCUUUUACAUGCUUUUAACUUCAUGCCAACAGUUUAGGAAAUGCUCUUCAUGUUCCAGCAUGACAGCCCCCCUAUUUUGAAGUAGAAGAACUCCACUGACCUGCACAGACCCCCCACUGAACACCUUGGGAUGAAUUAGAACGUUGAUUGCGAGCCAGACCUUCUUGUUCUGCAUUAGUGCCAGAUCUCACAAUUGUUGAGAUUGCUGAGAUUUUAACCCAGAUCUUGAUGGUGGUAGGCCUCAUAGGCAUACAAAUGCAAUUUUGGCAGGCAUUGUCAGUCUAGUCAUGGUCUAGUAAUCUGAACGUUGCUGGUUCAAGCCCCACUGCUGCCAGGUUGCCAUUGUUGUAAUGCCCUUAAUUGCUUAGAUUGUAUUCAAUAACAAUUGUAAGCCGCUUUGGAUGAAAUAAAUAAAUGUAAACUUGGCCCAAGGA